AUGAGCGGCACGUCAGUAAAGGGCUACAACUCAAGCUUCUUCAACGGACUGACCAUUGAAGGAGGUUUCCACACAGAUAUGUACGGACUGUGUUGUCCACAGAUCCGAGGCCCAGGUAUCACAGACCAGGUGUGCUUUGCUCCAGAAGAUGCUAUCUCCACGUGUUAUGCCUUGAUCGGGGACACAGUUCAGCGUGUGCUUCUAUGGAUAGUCGGCAUCAUCGCAGUACUGGGCAACUUUACUGUGAUUGUAUGUAGGUUUGUGUGGAACAAAAGUGUCUUAAAUAAGGCGUAUGGUAUAUUUGUAACAAAUCUGGGAGUGUCAGAUUUCAUAAUGGGAGUGUACUUACUGGUAAUCGCUAGCGCUGACUUGUACUACAAUGGUAUCUAUAUCACCAAAAACAUUUACUGGAAGCAGAGUCUUGUUUGUCACAUUGCGGGAUUCCUUUCAACUCUCUCCAGCGAGACGUCGGCAUUUUUUGUUUUGCUGGUUACCAUAGACAGGUACUUUGUCCUCAAAUUUCCAUUUGGCCAGUACGGUUUCACCAAAAGAAGCACGCUAAUUGCCAGCGUGGCUGCCUGGUCAUGCGGAUUUGCUUUGGCACUAACUCCAUCACUGCCCAACUUCAAUGACUGGACAAUCUUCUACGUCAACGGCAUGUGUCUCGGCUUGCCUCUAACAGUCGAGAGGCUAGGCGGAUGGGAGUAUUCCGUGGCUAUCUUCGUGGGCUUGAACACAGUCAUGUUCGUAGUUAUCGCAGCUGGCCAGUAUUCAAUCUACCAAGCCAUGUCUGGGAACCGCGCUGCCAAAACUGCAGUGCACAACAGCAACAGACGAUCUCAAGACGUUGCGGUGGCAAAACAGUUGUUUCUCGUGGUCCUGACGGAUUUUCUUUGCUACUUCCCUGUCGGUCUCAUGGGUCUUUUAGCCAUGACCGGACACCAGAUUGGCAAUAAGGUCUAUGCUUGGUCAGCCGUGCUGGUUCUUCCGAUAAAUUCAGCCAUUAACCCUGUGCUUUACACUGUUCCCGUGAUUCAGAACAAGUGGUUGCAGUUUCAGAGGCGUCACUUUAGAUUUGGGUUAAAAAGAGACAAGUCCCAGAAUGCUAAUCCGGUAGCCACACUAUCUAAUGCUCUGGAAUACAAUUUAAAAAACAUUACUUUAUAA